AUGGUUGAAGUGACAGAUCAAUCUUGUAAGAGUACUGCUGCACAAGUAGAGCAUAUUGAUGCCUCACAUCCAGUUUUUCUUUCACCAUCAGAUUCUCCAGGAAUUAAUAUGAUAAAAACAACCUUUGAUGGCUUCAACUUUGGUAGUUGGAAAAGAGGAAUUCUCAUUUCCCUUUCAGCCAAAAAUAAACUUGGAUUUAUCAAUGGUACCUGCAAAUGCCCUGAAAAUGAAUACACUAUGUACGUACAAUGGAGGUAUUGUAAUGACAUGAUGCUCUCUUGGCUCCUUAAUGCUUUAAGCAAAGAAAUUGUAGAGAGUAUUUUAUAUUCUCAAAUAACAUCUGAGCUAUGGGAAGAAUUGGAGGAACGAUAUGGACAAGCUGAUGGAACAAAACUAUUUCAUCUACAAUGGGAACUUAACAACAUAAAGCACGAUUCUUAUAAUGUAGCUGGCUAUUUCACCAAGUUGAAGAGACUUUAG